AGAAAUGCUGAACAGAAAAUUUCUAUAUAAACUAAUGCCCUCUAGUGUCGGUGGCCCUGUAAUUUUAAAAUGAUUUUGGAUAAAACUAGCACUAGAUGGCAGGCUCAUUGCUUCAUGUGUGUUUUGAUGUUUUCAAAAGUUCAAAUUAUAAAACGAUUUUUACUUUUAGUGACAAAAACUUUUUCGGCGGUUACGUGUUCGUUAAGUUUUGUGUUGUAUUAUUUGAUUCUUUUCAAAAAGACGAUUUGGCUUGUUUACGGACUCUGUGAUUUCUUCUACAACGAUUUUUCCUGGCUUUGGAAAUUGGAUACUGUUUUCUGUAACGACAUACCUGGCUUAUCAUCGGAUUUGUUUUAUGCUUUGGACAAAAUGCCUAAGCAAACUAAAUUGAAAUGUUAUUUUGGGUGCAUUGUUGAUGGUCCAUUACAUAGAUUUCCAAAGUGGCAGUAUUCUCAUGAAGAGAGAUUUAAUUCUUGGAAAGCUGUUUUAAGUUCGGAGACUCAAGGAAAUGGCAAUGCAUACAUAUAUAAUAAUGUCCGUAUUUGCUAUAAACAUUUUGAAAAUUAUUAUCAAUUACCUAGUCACCAGCUUACCAGAAAUGCAGUGCCUACAUUGAAUUUAGAUUUGCCGGAAAAUUUGCAAAGGCAACCUAUUUUCACUACCACAGCAACACCACCAACAAAAAAUCCAAUGGAUUCAUUUGCCCAUCCAUCUACAUCAUCUACAUACCAUUCUCGGCAAGCAAUAAGUGGUGAGUUAUUCUGAGAUAAAAAUACUCCUAUGAAUUCGGACUGUUGCCCACUCAUUGAAAGCUACAGAGAUUUUUGGAUUGACUUAGACUUAGAUGUAAAUAUAGUAUUGAAUUCUGUUUUAAAUAAUAUGCUGUAAAGCACAUCUGGGCUGUUUUCAAUAUGAGUUCCAUAACAGGAAUAAACAUUUAUUUGAUUUAAAAGUAGCAAGUCGUCCGGAAUGGUCUGAAUUUGACACAUUAAUAAUUGACUUAUUAAUUAGUUCACAAUCUUUACCUGGUGACAUCUGAAGUUUAAAGUAAAUUGAUAAUCAGAAAGCCAAUGAUCAGAAAUAAAUAGAAAAUCAUUA